UACUGAUGGACCACCAGCCAAUGAUCCCAUGCCACAUUGCUUUGCAGAGGAGAGGAGAAGAGGGGGGGGUUUGCAAAAGUUGAGUUGAAGAGGGCUUCAAGGACAAAGCACGGGCUAAGGCUCAUCACCAUUAUAAUUCACUAGGCCCGUUUUAAAAGCAAAUCUGCAAAUGUGGGCCUCUCAAGUGGAUGUUUUGAGACCCGAUUGAUUUUUAUUCUUUUAUUUUUUAUUUUUUAUAUAUUUUUUCUUUUUCUUUUUUUUGGGUAAAUUUUUUUUUAUAUAUUUUUUCGCUGAAAGAGUUAGAGACCCGAUUGGUUCAUGGGAUUUGGCUUGGGUAUUAUUAUUAUUAUUAUGUAUAUAAAUUAUCAAAUUGUUUUUCUUUAAAUUAAAACUACUUUGCGUUAUUCUUUGGUUUAAUUUAGUGUCGAUCAAGAAAGUGGUUCCAAUAUUCAGCCAGAAAAAAAAAAAAAAAAAAAAAGAAAGUGGCUCCAAUGGUAGUCAGAUUCUUUGCAGGUACAGGGAUGAGGCAAAUUGAAGACCAAUCCCUCUCAAAUAAUCCUAUUGUGCUUCUCUCUGGCCCUCCUUCCUGUGGAAAGACCUCUUUACUAUUCCAAUUCGCAUUCAACGCCACACUGGAAGAGACCCAUUAUAGCAAUCGUAAGGUGGUGUUCAUUUGCAACCGGCAAAGACUGGAAACCAACCCCCCAUUCCUCUCCCAAGGCAUUGACACGUCCUCUGAUACUUUUCAUCGCAUAGAAAUGAAGUACGUGGACGAUGAUGAAGGCAUUAAGAAAUACUUUGCUGCGUUUCACUUGCAUGACACAUUUCCUGCCGCAGUCGUUAUUGAUGAUUUUGGAAAUUUCUUUGAUGAUAGGAGCUGCCAAGAGAGAUAUGGUAAUCCGCGUGGAAGAGACUUAGCAAUGGUUCGGACACUGGCUUUAUGCCACAAUGCCAUUGUCCAUGCAAAUGAAACAAGCCCCUGCAAGCUUCUUUUAUCGGAUACACACCACGGAGACACUCCUAGGUUGCUCUUCAUCUAUAAAAGAUGGGUUCCUACCAUCUUCACAAUUAGAGGUGGUGACGGGUCAGGCUCUUUUUAUCUCAAGAGUAAUGGCAACCUAGGGAGUGAAGACUCGGGAAGAAGAAGAAUUGCCAAGUAUUCAAUUGCUCUUCAGUAUUUAAUUUUGGAGGGGAUCACUGAACCCUGUGAACAGUAACCAUUUGGCAAAAUAUCCAAUAUAUUAAGAUUCCAAUGACAAAAAGUAUUGCUACUUUUCAACUAGAUAAUAUGUGAUCUUUUACAUCUUGGCUAUUAAUCAACAUUUUCAGGAUUUCUUAAUUACUUAACAAGUGAAAAUACUUGCGCCAUUCCAUGUAUGUAUAUCCUCUGAAUAAGCAGUAUUACCUUAAUUUUA